AUGGCCAAGAUGUCUUGCUUGGGAUAUUACACGGGUAUUCUUAUAGGCAACCUUACCUACACGCUUGAGGAAACGGACAACUGCGCAGACGAGGACAGUAAAUUGGCAAAUACGCCAGACCUGACUGCAGCCAGAGAUGACCAGAUAUUCGAAAAGAUGGAGGUGUGCGAUGUUGAGAGCGCCUUGGGUGAAGAACCGCAUGCAGAGGCAGACGACACACUCAGUCCCGAUGGACAGCAACAAGAUUUUGCCGAAACAGAAGACCAUUCAGUUGCAAGUGCCAAAGUCGCCGCCACUGAUGAAGUGAAUGAAAAAUCUGUCGGUCUCACUCGAGACUCCCUCUUUUUUGACGUCCAGGGCAACGCCACUUACACGCUUGAGGAAACGGAUCAAUGCAUAGACAAAGAAAACGAGGACAAUAAAUUGACACAUACACCAGACCUGUCUACAGCCAGAGAUGACCAGAUGUUCGAAAAGAUGGCGCCUUGCGAUGUUGAGGGCGCGUCAGGUGAAGAACCACAUGCAGACCGGGGUUCAGAGGCAGACGACACACUCAGCCACGAUGGUCAGCAACACGAUUUUUCCGAACCAGAUGACCAUUCAGUUGCAACUGCCAAAGUCUCCACCACUGAUGAAGCGAAUGACGUGCCCGAUGAAAUAAGUAAGCCGCGUACCUGCCUGGAUUAA